AUGGGUUCAGCCACCACUUGUGUUGAAUAUAAGCAGUGGAAAAUCACUGUUCCUACAGGAAACUAUAUAGAGAUGACUAUCAAGAAAAUGAAUCUUCGACCAUGGGCGUGUUUGUUCGAGACAUAUAUCAUUGUCAGAGAUGGGCAUUCCUUGUCCAGCAAUGUCCUCAGGAUUCUUUGUGAAGCAAGCUCUUCACCUCACCGCCUAGCGUCUAGUGGCAAUAAAAUGAGUGUGGAGAGAUAUGGAAAAUUGGGAUCUAGUGAAAGUACGGGGUUUGAGGCCAGCUUUAAGGCAAAACCUUUAAAAACUGGAGGUUAGUGUAUGUUUGGUUUAUUUGGAGUUUAAUCGUCACUUAUACAAUGUAGUUAAACAACAAUGUACCUUGAGAUGAAAGUUUCAAAGGCGGCGUGAAUUGAUUAUUUCACUUGUCUUUUUUUCAACAGAUCCUCCUAGCUUUCGGGUGUCUGAGGAAACUGUGGCUUUGCUAGAGUGUUAUUCUCAAAGCUUGCUCUGCCAAGCGGGCGGUACACCUACUCCCAGAAUCACAUGGUCUAAAAAUGGGAGAGUUUUACAAAAUAGCACAAGUGUAAUUUAUACACCAAGAUGGCAUUCGAAAUCAGGAAAUUACACUUGCAGAGCAAGUAAUUUUAACGGCUCGGAUACGAAAACUAUUCUAGUUCACACCGAGAGUGAGUAUAUGUUAUUGUUAUUUAACGAGCAGUGCGAAAAGAUGCUAAAUGUACGCUAGACAAAAUAAAAUUUGUCAGUACAUGAGAUUAACUCCUCCACCACCCCUCUCCCCCACAUACACACCCCAAAAUUAAAACAUUCCAAGUACUUUGAUAGGAUGUGUGAAGGAAGUAAUGAGAGAGAUAUACCUGAGAUUAAAUCGUGCUGCAAAUAGUGAUUGCGAGUUUUCAUGAAGAAGCAUAUUCUAUCUGUAUAUGUGGAUUAGCAAUGCCUUCCUCAGCCACCAGGAAACCAAAAUACCAGUUCCACCAAAUAUAUCAUUUCUUAAAGGACAUAUACGACAUUUUAUGGAAAAUAUUUCGGUAUGAUAUUUUCGUACGAGUUGGUUGUGUCGGAAGUCGAUCGAGUGAGCGCAGCGAACAAGUGAGAUUUCUGAUACAAACCCACGAGAGAAAAAUUCUCAGUUAUAAAAUUUUUCCUUACCAAAGGAAGAAGUAUUUUCAAGUAAACAGCUAAAAUCGGCCUGUGGCAAAUCUUCCAGUUUUCAAUUUUCGUUCUCAACCGCAAAAAAUGUCCUUAUCAAACCCAUUGAAUGAGUAAAUUUCGGUUUUUUCUUUUCGAAUUUUGGUUUUCUUCUCCCUCUAGGAAAUUUAUUUCCUGAAAAACCGACGUGUCAGCAGCUGAAUGGCGAUAUCAAAUACAAGCGAAAAACUAUCGUAUCUUUUCACGCGCGUUGUUAUGGCUUUUCUCAGGGCCGAAAAUCUUUUUACAACACCGCAGUUUAAUAUGAUAAAUGAAAAACCCUUCUUAAAGCGAGUAAUAUCUCCCUGUCACAUUACCUUGCGGAUUGCAAUAACCUCUGGAAUAUUGCUCUCACCAUCCAUUUGCUUUUCCUUCGCAGAAUGCUCUCGUUUUUGCAGCUGUCGCAAACUGAAAUCACAUCCAUUCUGGUUUCGAGUUGACUGUUCCGGAACAGUUCCGAGCGACAUUCCUCUCGCCACAAAAUAUUUGUAAGUUUAAAACAAUUAUUUUAGUUAUAUCACAACGUGUACUUCAAAAUGUGAAGGCCAAGUGUCAUUUUACAGUAUUUUGCAAUUCCAUGUUUUUCAUAAUCGUUUUUUUUUCCUUUUAAUUCUAGGUUUUUUACUCGUACCUAUUUGAGGCAUAUUUAUCCAAAGUCGUUUGAAAACUUAACUUACCUGCAGUACUUGUAAGUAUUACCUGAUUGAAUGCAAAUAAGGUAUCAAUCAAAUUAUUUACAUUUUAGUUACUCAGUAAAAAAGGCAUAAACAAUAUAAAUAGCUGUAACAACUAAUGAUUGUAAAUAUUACGAUAUCUUUAAGUCUGCAUUUAUCCCUCUAUUGUCACAGAUCGAUUACGCGUAAUCUUCUUCCAUUGAAUUUGACGAGAAUUGCGUUCGGAGGACUUAAGCAACUCAAGUACUUGUAAGUAGAAGAACUAAAAGGGUUAUUGCAACAACAACGAUUUUUGGUUGAAAUCUGUAAAUUCAUAUUAUAAGUUAAAAUAAAGAAAUUAGCAUUGAUAUUGUAAAAUGGGUUAUUGACCAAGCGCCAGGUCAAGUUUGCCGAGUUCUUUUUAUGCAUUUUUAUGGACCAAGACGAAGCCGAGGUCCAUGAAAAGGCAAGCAACCUUGCUGACAAGCUUUCUCAAUAAAAAAACAUGCUUGCUCAACAAAAAAUUUAUCAUAUCAUCUAACCCUAACCUUAAGCAAAAAAAUUUCCUCUCGUUAAAAAUAAAAGAUGAUUGUCUUCUGCUUCUUUUGCGACUCCAUCACUAACAUGUGCUUUCCAAAAAUUACGAAAUUUCUAAGUCCGCUCUAAGAAAUGUUUUUCGUGCGCGGGAUCAAAGCGGGAAAUCCCGAGCAGGCAAGAUGGGCUAUCUCACCCGAUCGGGCAGCCAAUCAGAACACAGGAUUCACCUUCUGUUGCAAGGUACAAGAUACUUUACAAAAUUUAUGUAAGUAGCUGGCCUAUAUCAUGAUCAUGAUCAAUAAUAAUCAAGCAUCCUUGUAUGUUCAUAUUGGGACGAGAAAUCAUGUUAUUACUUAUCGAUAAUUUACGAAAGAAAAGAAUCACAGACAGUCAAAACUGACAUAAAUUUUGACAGCGCGCGCGUUAUUUGUAAUUUAAUUAAUUGUUGCAAAUUUGCACUUUUGUUAGUAUAGGUAAUAACAUGAUUUCGAGUGCACUUUGGUGUUAAUAAGCACGAGUAAAAAAACAAAAUCGUACGAGCCCGAGCCUUUAAAAAAUUUUCAAGUGCCUACCAUACCAAAUUGCAAGAGAAAUCACGUUCUUACUUGAUAAUAAUUUAAAUGAAAAAACAUCUCAGAAAGGCAAGACAGACGAAAUUUGGAAACCAUGCGCACUACUUGUAAUGUUUUCUCGUGUCACAACUUUGCACUCUUGUUACAUGAGAAUGCACUCGUUUUCAGCCAAUCAGAAGCGUGUAAUGUUUCCAAUUAUGUUAUUAUCAAACAAAAGAAGUGUGUUCGUGAGACCGCUGAAUAGUGCUUUUAAACUCACUAAUAAACAUGACUUUAUUUCAUUACAGCUUGAAUAGUGUAGGCGAGAAGCAUGCACGUGAUUAAGCUUGUUUUGGUGUUGUUUUUUUGCUAGGGGCCUAAGAAUGAAUCGGAUCAGUGGGAUAUUGGAGGGCACGUUUGAGAAAUUCUUCUCCCUAGAGGAACUGUGAGUAUUCAAUUUGUGCCGAGUGUUUGGAAUUCAAAUGCACGUAAUUUUUUACUUUUCCUAAGUUUGCCGGCAUGUUGUAGCUAGCAGCGUCUUUUGUGCUGUAUUUCUAUGUCCUCAGUGACAUACUCUCGCUUUAAUUUCGAAGGUUAAAUACUAUUGUGGUGGUGAUUACUUGUAGUACUUUUUCGCACCUGUCUAAAACAAUAGAAAACACUUGUUAUCGAUUUCUGGGCUAUCAACUUAUGAUGGGUGUUCGUAAAACACGAGCUACUAGCGCUUGACUCAUAAAAUGCUCCAUCGACUGUCUCACCCCCUACAUUAAAUUACACCAGUGAACCGAUGGAAAUUGAGUUACAUGAUAUUGCUUUUGUAACAUGUCCAUUGCUUUGCCGUCACAAUUAAAGAUGCAAUGUUUGCCGAUCCAGUAAGAUACACGAAAAAAUUACUCAGUUUUGAUUGGUCAAGAUAAAUGCAGUUUUCGAGUAAUUCAACGCAGAAGUGUUUAACCGGACUUUGAACUUUUUUGUGCCUUAAAGACAUGAAAAUAUCAUUGUUUAUUAUUGCUUUGAUCGUGCGCGGUUGUUUUGAUCGAAUGCACAAUGUCACUUGAAGGGUUUGAAUAAGUUAUUUUUUGCACUUGAUGUGCGCGCUUUGCUUCUGCAUAAUUAUGAUAGGCUAUCCCGAAUUUUUUCAUUUAUAUGAUUAAAACGUAAUCACAUGAUUUUUCUCGAGCAAUUUGGAAUAAAUAAGCUCUUGUAAUUUUUUUCAAAGACCACAAAUUACACUCGCCCUAAGGGAUAGUGCAAUUUUUUUAGUCUUUGAAAUUUUUUUAGUCUUUGAAUUUACUCGUGUUUAUUUAUUCCAAACUUUUCUCGCAAUCAUGGGACUACCUAAACAAAGCGCAAGCAGUUUUUGAGUUAUUUUCCAGAAUAUUGUGAAAUAACGUCAGAUUUUAUUUACUAGAAUGUAAACAAUGUAAAAAUAAGGGUAACUCAGAGCUUGAUAACUAGUAAUAUCUAUAUUUUUUCACAGCUAUCUUUCCAUAAAUGUGUUAGUCAAUCUUACACCGAAUAUAUUUCAAGACCUGUCAAAGCUGCGAGUUCUGUUAGUACCCUCUACCAAAUAUCCCUGUUAUCAGGUCGCACUAGCGGAGCAAAAUACACCGCAUUGCAAUUGUUAUAGUAUAGUAGCCCAUUUCUGAGUUCUCGUGAGGCAUGUCGCAAACGGACAAGAGCUCCCGCGCGCCAGCGGACCCCAAAAGCUAAAAAUUAAGCCUAAACAAAAACUCACCAUCUUGAUAUUUGUAAAAUCAAAUUACCAGUUUGACCAUUUUACGUACGCAAUAUGCAAUACAGGCGUUUUGAUGAAUAGCGAAAGUGGGCGUUAAAAGCAAGCGAUAAGAAGCCGCCAUAAUAAUUGAAACAACUCAUCAGGAGUAGGUAUAUAUGAGCAGUUGACGGGUAAAAAUAAUCCUAUAGUGCAUUUUGAAGCAAGAGGCUAUAUUGCUACGGGUGACUGAAUAACUUUUAUAAGGUUUCAUGUACGUUGUGAAAAUGUUUAAAUAUUCCAGCCAUGACGCUUUUAACUGUGAUAAAAUGGUCAUAUGGAAGGUUUCCUUCCCCCUUCCUACAGGAAUUAAGCUAGUCAUAGUAAACUCCAGCGGCAGGUAGUUCGUUUAUAAUAGAUUGACUUGUUAGAGCUGCUCCCUUGUAGAGCUAGUCAUACUGAUAGGAUGCUUAAUUGAACAAUUUGGUUUUAUAUGAUAUUUAUGCGAUAAUACCUCGCAUGUUCAUAACUUUGAACAGAAAUUAAGUAAACAAGACUUGACAGGGUCUUGGCAAAAAAUGUCAUAUUUCUUGAGCAUGAUUCAGAUUACUGUUCAGUUAUAGGGUUUUGCAUUUAACAAACAACGAGGAAAAAGUUCCUAAACAAAGAAAAUGUUUUCAAUUAGAUUGUUUCUUCUUUUCAGAGAUAUCUCCUACAACAAUAUCUCCAGGCUGUCUAAACCAAUCUUCGACAAGUUGCAAAGCCUAGAAACGCUGUAAGUGGGCUCUAAUGGUUGACGUUAAGAAAUUUUUGUUUUAUUUUCAUCUCCCAAAAUUUUAGUUGUAACUCAGCUUUAAAGAUAUAGUUUAUCACAACACGAAAACACAGUUUUUAACUUAACUAUUAACCAUUAUAAUCCCUGAAAGGGGACGGCGUUUGCUUGUCUUUGUAAAUCUUUCAAUAACAUUACUUUUCCGUGGAACCUUAGCUUCGAACUGGCCAAGAUCAGUUGAAAAACUUAUUCUUACCCAUUUUCUGGGAGAAAUAGCUGGUAAAAGCGUCUUUUUCAAAACUCUUCACUAAGAAGAUCGACACUACGGCCGAAUGGUUCGGGGCUUUGAAUUCAAAUCUGGAUUUCUAAGUUCGAGUCCUUCGUGUUACCACUGAAUUAGAUUUUUCUCGGUCCUGCAGAUUUCGAUUCCCUCGCUGUGAUGUGUAAAUAGCUCAAUGGUUUGACCUCCGCCGCAGUGAUUUUUAGCAAAUGAUAUGUUUUUUAAUCUAUCAUUUAUCAAACUAAUCUCAUCGUCAGCAAAAAUCGCAGAGGUGCUCAAUAUGUCGAUUCCCCCAAAGAGAUACUGGCCUCCUCGCUUUUUUAACAUUCUUUACUCAUCAUUCUUGUUUUUAAUUCACUCUGAUAAUGAAAUAGUGUCAAAAGCGUUUGGUUUGUUCUUAAUAAAUAUUUUAACCUUAUAGAUGGCUCAUCCUUAAUCCUCAUUUUUAAGCGGACUUAAUGGACAUUAUCAUUAUCUUUAUCUUUAUUUUCAUCAUUAUUAUUAUAAUUAUUAUUAUUAUUAUUACUUUUAUCAUUAUCACUGUUAUUAAUUUUUUUUAAUAUUACAGUAAUUGGUUUGAAACCAAACGUAACACUUGAGCGUGUGUUCGGAUCAUCUGUGUGAGAGUACUACUCCAGAAAAGAACAAAUGGUGUUAAUGGUGACUGUUUCGACAUCCUGAUAAUAGUACCAAUGAUAAUACUUUUCAGGAAAGUUUUUUCACAGACGAUUAGACAACUUGAUCAAAAGUUAAUAUUAUCAUUAUCCUUAUCAUUGUUAUUGUCAUUAUCUUUAUAACUAUCGUUGUCAUUAUCAUUAUUGUUUUUACUAUUGUCGUACGGUUUUGUUUGAUUGUAAGACAUGUCUUUGAUGAGUAUCAAUUAUCAUUUUUUUUUCUCGCAGUGUUCUGUCUCACAACGAAAUGGUCGAAAUACCUGCCAAGAUCUUCAGCAAAUUGAAUGGUUUGAAAACUCUGUGAGUGUUGAUUUUUACAUGGGAAAAAAAACUUACCUUUAUCUAUGUUUUAUCUAUCAAAAUAUGAUAAACUUGUGUUUUAAUUCUUUUACAAUCUUUGAAAUUUUUUUAAAGGUAUCUGGAAAACAACAAGAUUAAAAAAAUCCCAUGGCGUGCCUUUUCUGGGCUUAAUAACCUUACAACCUUGUAAGUAUUACACGAUAAACCAAAUAGAUUAUUGAUUCUCGAGUCUUGAUCGCAGUUAUGCCAAUCAAUGCAACGCAUACAAAACGAAAUAGAUUAUGAAAAAAAAGAAGAGAUAAAAAAACAGUGUUAUGCUUGAUUUUCUAAGUCAUUAGAAUACAACACAUGCCAAAAAGUUUGGUAAAGAAAACAUGAGAAAUUCCGUUAAAGAGAUAUUUAAUCGAGGUGGUUCUUCUUACAAAAGACAACUACAAAGUCUUAAAAUGAACAAAUUAAUUUUCUCCUUUUAUGACAAAAAAAUCAAAAAGGCUCCGAUGGAAAUCUUCUAUUGACUAAGACUGCGUGAUUAUAAACACUCACCUGGUAUGGCUGGGCAUGAGCGAAAUUUGCGAUACAAGGCUAGCUAUCAAAAUUGAACCAACGAAUAGCUCAAAAUUUAGCUGAUGCGCAAGAGCUCCCGCGCGCGAGCGGACCCCCAAAGCUAAGAAUUUAGCCUAAACAAAAACCCGCCAUCUUGAUAUUUGUAAAAUUAAAUUACCAGUUUGACUAUUUUACAUACGCCAUAUGCAAUAGAGGCGUCAAUAUGCAUUACAGGCGUCUGAAGCGAAGUAUUCGUUAGAUGCAGAGCCGCCAUAAUAAUUGAAAUAACACAUCAGGAGUAGAUAUGAGCAUUUGACCGCUCAAAAAUAAUAAUCCUGCAGUGCAAUUUGUAUUCAAUAAUGGAUUUAUGAUCAUGAAAGAGCUGAAGCAAAAGGCUAUAUUGCUAUGAGUUACUGAAUAACUUUUAUAAAGUUUCAUGUACGUUAGUGAAAAUUUUCAAAUAUUCUAGCCACCCUAAUUAUGAUCGGAAAGCAUUUUGCUUUUAACGGUGAUAAAAUGGUCAUAUGGAAGGUUUCCUUCCCCUUCCUACAGGGAGUAAGCUUGCCAUGGUAAACUCCAACAGCAGGUAGUUCGUUUAUAAUAGAUUGACUUGUUAGAGCUGCUCCCUGGUAGUACUAGCCAUAAUGAUAGGAUGCUUAUUUGAAAGAUUUGGUUUUAUAUGAUAUUUAUACGAUAAUACCUCGCAUGUUGAUAAUUUUGAACAGAAAUUAAGUAAACAAGACUUGAAAGGGUUUCGGCAAAAAAUGUCAUAUUUCUUGAGCAUGAUUCAGUUUACAGUUCAGUUAUAAGGUUUGGCAUUUAACAAACAACGAGGAAAAAAGCUCUUAAACAAAAAAAUUAUUUUCAAUUAGAUUGUUUCUCCUUUUUAGAGAUAUCUCCUACAACAAAAUCUCCAACCUGGCUCGACCCAUCUUCAACAAGUUGCCAAGCUUAGAAAUGCUGUAAGUGGGCUCUAAUGGUUGACGUUAGGAAAUUUUUUUUUAAUUUUUAUGUUCCAAAAUUCUGGUUACAGCUCAGCAACAAAAAUACCCCAAAGAUGUAGUAUAUCAUAUCACGGAAAACGGUUUUUAACUAAACUAUCAGUCAUUAUAAUCCCUGAAAGGGAAGGUGUUUGCUUGUCUAUGUAAGUAUUUUAAUAACAUUGCUGUUCUAUGGAACCUUAGCUUCGAACUGGCCAAGAUAAAUUGAAAAACGUAUUCUUAACCAUUUUCUAGGAGAAAUAGCGCGUAUAAGCGUCUUUUUCAAACCUCUUUACUAAGUCUGUUUUCAGGUUCUAUUGAAGAUCGACACUACGGCCGAAUGGUUCAGGGCUUUAAAUUCAAAUCUGGAUUUCUAGGUUCGAGUCCAUCGUGUUGCCACUGAAUUGGAUUUGUCUCGGUCCUCCAGAUUUCGAUUCCCUCGCUUUGAUGUGUAAAUAGCUCAAAUGGUUUGACCUCUGCCGCAGUGAUUUUUAGCAAAUGAUAUGUUUUUUAAUCUAUCAUUUAUCAAAGUAAUCUCAUCGUCAGUAAAAAGCGCAGAGUUGCUCAAUAUGUCGAUUCCCCCAAAGAGAUAUUGACCUCCUCGCCUUUUUAUGCUUUGUUACUAUUAUCACUUUUUUUUAAUUCACCCUGAUGAUGUCUAGCGUCGAAAGCGCCCAGUUUGUUCUUAAUAAAUAUUUUAGCCUUGUAGAUUUUUAAUUGCGCGGACUUAAUGGACAUUAUCAUUAUCUUUAUCUUUAUUUUCAUCAUCAUUAUUAUGAUUAUUAUUAUAACUAAUUUCAUUAUUAUUACUAUUAUUAAUUUUUUUUAUUAUUACAGUAAUUGGUUUGAAACCAAAAGUAACACUUGAGCGUGUGUUCGGAUCAUCUGUGUGAGAGUACUACUCCGGAAAAGAACAAAUGGUGUUAGUGGUGACUGAUGUUUCGACAUCCUGAUAAUAGUAACAAUGAAAUGACUUUUCAGGAAAAUUUUUUUGCAGAAGAUUAGACAACUUGAUCAAAAGUUAAUAUUAUCAUUAUCCUUAUCAUUAUUAUUGUCAUUAUCAUUAUAACUAUCGUUGACAUUAUCAUUAUUGUUUUUACUAUUGUCGUAUGGUUUUGAUUGAUUGUAAGACAUGUUUUUGAUAAGUAUCAGUUAUCUUUUUUUUUCUCGCAGUGUUCUGUCUCACAACGUAAUGGUCGAAAUACCUGCCAAGAUCUUCAGCAAAUUGAAUGGUUUGAAAACUCUGUGAGUGUUGAUUUUUACAUGGGAAAAAAAACCUUACCUUUAUCUCUGUUUUCACUAUCAAAAUAUGGUUAACUUGUGUUUUAAUUCUCUUAUAAGCUUUGAAAUUUUUUAAGGUAUCUGGAAAACAACAAGAUUGAAAACAUCUCACCGCGUGCCUUUUCUGGGCUUAAUAACCUUACAACCUUGUGAGUAUUACACGAUAAACCAAAUAGAUUGUUGGUUCUCGAGUCUUGAUCGCAGUUAUGCCAGACAAUGCAACGCAUACAAAACGAAAUAGAUUAUCAAAAAAGAAAAAAAGAGAUAAAAAAAAUCAGUGUUAUACUUGAUUUUCUAAGUCAUUAGAAUACAACAGGUGCCAGUUUGGUAAAGAAAACAUACGAAAUUCCGUUAAAGAGAUAUUUAACCGAGGUAGUUCUUCUUACAAAAGACAACUAGAAAGACCUAAAAUGAACAAAUUUAUUGUCUCCUUUUAUGACAAAAAAUCAAAAAGGCUCCGAUGGAAAUCUUCUGUUGACUGCAUGAUUAUAAACACUUACCUGGUAUGGCUGGGCAUGAGCGAAACUUGCUAUACUUACUAUACUCACAACGAAAAUGGUCGAGAUACCUUCCAAGGUCUUCAGCAAAUUGAAUCGUUUGAAAACUCUGUGAGUGUUGAUUUUUACAUGUGAAAAAAGAACUUGCAUUUAUCUAUGUUUUCAUUAUCAAAAUAUGAUUAACUAGUGUUUUAAUUCUCCUACAAGCUUUGAAAUUUUUUUAAAGGUAUCUGGAAAACAACAAGAUUAAAACAAUCCAAAUGGGUGCCUUUUCUGGGCUUAAUAACCUUAAAACCUUGUGAGCAUUACACGAUAAACCAAAUAGAUUGUUGGUUCUCGAGUCUUGAUCGCAGUUAUGCCAAACAAUGCAACGCAUACAAAACGAAAUAGGUUAUCAUAAAAAGAGAUCAGUGUUAUGCUUGAUUUUCUAAGUCAUUAGAAUACAACACGUGCCAGUUUGGUAAAGAAAACAUACGAAAUUCCGUUAAAGAGAUAUUUAACCGAGGUAGUUCUUCUUACAAAAUACAACUACAAAGAUUCAAAAUGAACAAAUUUAUUUUUUCCUUGUAUGACAAACAAAUAAAAAAGGCUGAGAAGCAAAUCUCCUGUUGAGGUCUUCAGCGAAUUGAAUCGUUUGAAAACUCUGUGAGUGUUAAUUUUUACAUGUGAAAAAAGAACUUGCAUUUAUUUAUGUUUUCACCAUCAAAAUAUGGUUAACUUGUGUUUUAAUUCUCCUUCAAGCUUUGAAAUUUUUUUAAAGGUACUGGAAAACAACAAGAUUAAAGAAAUCCAAAUGGGUGCCUUUUCUGGGCUUAAUAACCUUAAAACCUUGUGAGUAUUACACGAUAAACCAAAUAGAUUGUUGGUUCUCGAGUCUUGAUCGCAGUUAUGCCAAACAAUGCAACGCAUACAAAACGAAAUAGGUUAUCAUAAAAAGAGAUCAGUGUUAUGCUUGAUUUUCUAAGUCAUUAGAAUACAACACGUGCCAGUUUGGUAAAGAAAACGUAAGAAAUUCCGUUAAAGAGAUAUUUAACCGGGGUAGUUCUUCUUACAAAAGACAACUACAAAGACUUAAGAUGAAAAAAUUUAUUUUUUCCUUGUAUGACAAACAAAUCAAAAAGGCUGAGAAGCAAAUCUCCUGUUGAGGUCUUCAGCGAAUUGAAUCGUUUGAAAACUCUGUGAGUGUUGAUUUUUACAUGUGAAAAAAGAACUUGCAUUUAUCUAUGUUUUCAUUAUUAAAAUAUGAUUAACUUGUGUUUUAAUUCUCCUUCAAGAUUUGAAAUUUUUUUAAAGGUAUCUGGAAAACAACAAGAUUAAAGAAAUCCAAAUGGGUGCCUUUUCUGGGCUUAAUAACCUUAAAACCUUGUGAGUAUUACACGAUAAACCAAAUAGAUUGUUGGUUCUCGAGUCUUGAUCGCAGUUAUGCCAAACAAUGCAACGCAUACAAAACGAAAUAGGUUAUCAUAAAAAGAGAUCAGUGUUAUGCUUGAUUUUCUAAGUCAUUAGAAUACAACAGGUGCCAGUUUGGUAAAGAAAACAUAAGAAAUUCCAUUAAAGAGAUAUUUAACCGAGGUAGUUCUUCUUACAAAAGACAACUACAAAGACUUAAGAUGAAAAAAUUUAUUUUUUCCUUGUAUGACAAACAAAUCAAAAAGGCUGAGAAGCAAAUCUCCUGUUGACUAAGACCGCAUGACUAUAAACACAUACCCGUGAUGGCUACGCAAUAGCGAAAUUUUUCAUCAAAAUUGAACUGAGAUCCAAAAAAUGCAUAGAAGGACAAAACAGACCAUUCAAAAGAUUGAUCCCUAAACGUUUUCAAUAAAUUUUACUCCUAGACAUCUACAAAACAAUUUUAUCAAUCGUAUGCCUCUAGAUACGUUCAGCUAUCUUAAAAGUCUACGAAACUUGUAAGUAUGGAAUAAAUUUUAGUUGCUUUCCUUUUAUGCAAUCAGAGCAAUCAACACUUCUCUUAAAUUUUUCAAUUUAAGUUCGGAUUCUUUGCUCAUCAACAGCUUUGCGCACAUUGGACAAUCAAAUUAAAUCAUUUGAAACCAUAAGUAUGGUGACUUUGCUUAAUCAGUGGCAACCAGGUCAUAGGCUUAGACGUGGUUAGUUUUUGACGAAGAAUUACAUGUACUUUUAAUGACUUGCGCGACGUUAAAAACCAUAAGAGUUUUGAUGCUUUGGUUAUUUUUUUUUUAUCAAAAAAUGCGUGGUAUUUCAUCUCUUUCAAGGAGAGUGGAUAGUUUCUCCCUGUGUUGUUACGCUUCUCAGUACACUGAGAAUGUAAGCUGUGAGUAUCCAAAGCUGGAGGGUAACGCCUUGUCGAGUUGCAAUCGCAUGAUCGAUGCCUCUGGUCCUAAAAGAAGUAUCUGGUUACUGGGUACCCUAGCUGUUGCUGGUAAUCUGGCAGUGAUAGCAUGGCGUCUCAUCAGGCGUGACGACCAUCCAGUUCAAACCUGCCUUCUGACCAAUCUGGCUGUGGCUGAUUUCCUUAUGGGGGUGUAUCUCAUGAUAAUAGCUAUUAAAAACGAGAUAUGGGCAGGUAAUUAA